CUCUUUGCUUAAAUUACAAUGGAAAAUCUCUUGAAGCUUCAGGAGCAGGAGGGACGGAGAGAAGGAGGAGAAGACCAGGGAAAGCACCAGCACCAGCACUAAGUCAAAUCUCUUCAGGUCAAGCAAGAAUGGAAGGGCAAUAUGACCAGCAGAACAAAUCCCGGGUCGUGAAGGUCGACUCGCCCGAGUCGUGGGAAACCUGCUUGACUCAGGCCGCCGCUCAAGGCUGCCCUGUGGUGGUGCACUUCACCGCUGCUUGGUGCAUGCCUUCAGUGGCCAUGAACCCGUUCGUUGAGGAGCUGGCCUCGGCCAACCCAGAUGUUCUGUUUCUCACGGUUGAUGUUGACGAUGUUAAGGAGGUAGCGACUAGAAUGGAGGUGAAAGCCAUGCCAACGUUUCUACUGCUGAAGGACAAAACUCCAGUCAACAAGCUGGUGGGUGCGAAUCCUGAAGAGAUCAGGAAAAGGAUAGAUGGUUUCGUGCAGUCCUUCUGCACCAGUGUUGCCUAGUAACGGCUUCUUGCCCCCCGACGGGGUCGUCACUGUACAUUUCGGUCUUCCUAAGAUUUGUGGUCUGAGUCUGCCAUGGUGUCGGCAUUUGCGAGCAUGUUGUUUGUGAAUUUGUCUUGUGGUAUAUCGAUCCGGUAAGUGUCAAAUGUCUUAAUGGUGGUUUACCACAAGUAUUCAUACCUUGGUCUUUGGAGUUUCAUCGACAGCAUUCAUCCUGUGCACCUCUGUUCUUUGCUGUUCGAGUUUUUAGACCAUCUUGUCUAAGAUAAAUUGUUGACAUUGAAGUGUUUCGUCCAUUGUUAAUUCGCGUCAACAUGACAGAACAGGGUAUAUACUCGAAUUCUGUA